CGAUGUGAGAGAGAAACAUUGAUUGGUUGCCUCCCCUGACUCGCCGAUUCUGGGGACAGGGGAUGGAACCCGCAACCUAGGUGCCUUUUCCUUGGGGCAGCCCGGGAGUCUCCAAGAAGAGAAUGGAUUCAGGAGCUCGCCCAGUUGGUAGCUGCUGUAGCAGCCCUGCAGGGCUCUCGCGGGAAUACAAACUAGUGAUGCUGGGUGCUGGUGGUGUAGGGAAAAGUGCCAUGACCAUGCAGUUCAUCAGCCACCGAUUCCCAGAAGACCAUGACCCCACCAUCGAAGAUGCUUAUAAAAUCCGGAUCCGUAUUGAUGAUGAGCCUGCCAAUCUGGACAUUUUGGAUACAGCUGGACAGGCAGAGUUUACAGCCAUGCGGGAUCAGUAUAUGAGGGCAGGAGAAGGGUUUAUCAUCUGUUACUCUAUCACCGAUCGUCGAAGUUUUCAUGAAGUUCGGGAGUUUAAACAGCUUAUUUAUCGAGUACGACGUACUGAUGAUACACCUGUGGUUCUCGUAGGGAACAAGUCUGAUCUCAAGCAGCUAAGACAGGUCACCAAGGAAGAAGGACUGGCUUUGGCCCGAGAAUUUAGCUGUCCCUUUUUUGAGACAUCUGCUGCAUACCGCUACUAUAUUGAUGAUGUAUUCCAUGCCCUUGUCCGGGAGAUACGUAGGAAAGAAAAGGAGGCGGUACUGGCCAUGGAGAAAAAAUCUAAACCUAAAAACAGUGUAUGGAAGAGACUAAAAUCACCAUUCCGGAAGAAGAAAGAUUCAGUAACUUGAAGGGGUGAAGUGUUUAUGUGUGAACUGCAGUGCUCAAUCAAAGCAGCCCACUGAAAGUAACUGAUGGAGGGGACAUGCCUACUAGGAGCUUUCGAUGACGUGGUAUUUAAUAUAUUGUCUCAGCUAAUUCUGAUUUAUUAACCUAGUGGAGCACUGUCUGCUUUUAAGUUGUCAUAUUAGAAUUUGAUUUAUCAUAGUUUGGGGUUCUUUUGCUAUUAAUUAAUGUAAAUUGUUUGUAUCCAGGGGAAUAUAUAUACCAUGUGUGUUUGACUAAACUCAAGAAGGAUUUUUUGCCAUAUACUGUUACAUAUUAUCUUUCAACUUCAGUUUCCUGGGAUUAUUCCAGAGAAGGACCUCCGUCUUUUCUGUUCACCGUAAUGCUUCCUAGAGACAGAACAAAAAAUCAUAUAGGGAAAGCAGUGCUAAAGAGAUCAGUGCACAGUUCAGCAAAGAGCUGUGGGACUGACUCCUUUUGCCAAUUAUGCAGUGAUGAGAUUUGGGGAAAUCAGGUCGUGUGUUUUGGUUAGGAAAAAAGGAGGGUCAGAACAGUGUUCACAGUAUGGGCCUGGCUUUUCUAAGAAAUGUACUGGGAUAGGUGAGAACAAGUGGAAGCGUAUAAGAUGUAGUGAAGAGCUCUCCUAUGAUGUUCUUUCACUCUUUCUUUCGGAGUUUCCUUACCCUCAAAGGUAACGCUUUGGGAACCGUUACUGCAUCACUAAACUCAAUCUAAAUCCCAAGUUGGAACAGCCAAUGCCUUGUCCAGGUUUAUUGCUUUACCCAUAGAUACACUCACCAAUAUAUUUACAUUAAUUGUUUCCUGGGGCUUUUCCUUAGUUCCCUGUGCUCUUUAGAAGAGCUCGGCCUGGCAAAAUGUUUUCAGGCCAUUCAUCAGACUGACUGCAUUUUCCAUACAGAACAGACUUCAGUUUGAGUAAAAUUAGUAUACGUGCCUCCUUGACAUUGACAAUCAUGAGACUCAGUAUUCUAAGAAAGCCUGUGGUAUUUCUGUUUAGUGAGUCAGCCUAGAAGCUUUAAAAUGCCCAGGCGAUGAAUUUCUCAUUGGAGAUUUCUUUACAAGGAUCUCACUAAAUUCGCCUCAGCGUGUCUGAGUCUUGACAAAGCUUAGCUUAAGAGAAUACCACUUUGAUAAUCUGCAUAAUUGAGAAACUAUUGUCCUGGGAAGAAACAGCUUUAAAUAUCAGUGGUUAGUUCUCUCUUUUAGAAUCAGGAUUAUUUUAAUAUCUGAACUGGUUAUGUGUGGAGAUUUAAGUGCAAAGGUGCUAAGAGUAAUGUAGCAUAUAUUGAACAUUCCAUGUCAUUGAAGCAGUGUUCUUGUCCACUUUGAACUCUUUAAGAACAGGAUUUUGUGUAGUGCCUCUUAAAAAGCACACAAUUCCACUUACUGUGUCCAUUUUUAAUACAGGCAGAAGUACAGGGUUUCUGUGUGUUUCCUUAUACUCAACACUCUACGUUUUAAGUUUAAAGAAAAAUGAUGGUUGUAACUUUUUUAGCUUAGUGGUUCCUUUUGAAACUCUUGGAAAUAUUUUUGCUACCAAAUAAGUCAUGUUUUGUGGUAUUCAUGCCAUUCAAAAGUAAAAGACCCAGAAUUUAAAUUUUGCAGGACAAUCUUAUGGGAACAGAAUGGUUCAUGGAGAAGCAUGAAGGUAGAAAAUACAGUGCAAUUCAGUUUUAACAGUAUUUUACCACAUUCAAACUAACCUAUAGCCUUUUAAGUUUAAUGCCAUUGCUGUCAUUACUAAUGACCCAGGGAGCUGUUACUAGCAUCAAGCAAGAAGUUGACAGCUAUGUAAUUACUUGGGAUAGACAAGGUAGCAGAGAACAUUGCCAGAAAGAUAGGUCUGUAAGACAGGGGGGAAUUUGUAUUGUAUACAAGAAAAAUUAGGAAGUAGUGUUUUUAAGACUAUCAUAUCAGGGCUCUUCCUUUUGGGAGCACGCCCAAGCCUUUCUUCUUUCUCAGGUGUGCAUCUCCUAAACCCUAAGGAUCCCCAUGAAACUUGUACCCAGGGAAGCAAUGGGCAGCAGAAUCUUGUCUGGGGUUAGGCCUCCAUUUCUCUGACUUUCAAUAAGCCAGUAGUAGCCCCUCUUGGCUCACUUCUGUCACUGUGACUUUUACUUCCCAGUGAGCUAACAGCAGGCCCAUCCUGGCUCACUGCUUUCCUAUAAUGUCUCUAGGGAGCCAAAGCAGCCUCACCUAGUCUCUCCUGUUGCUUCUUUUUCCUAGGCCCUUCCUUGUUUCACUGUCCCCAGCCUUAAUAAAUAUACUCUCAAAAUUAAAAAAAAAAAGACUAUGACUGUCAUGUAUUUGAUUUUUGGAUUAAUUAGACUAUCAAUUAGUACUGAGAAUUCUCUUCAUGGUGCUAAAUAGUGUGAGGGAUAUAAUAUGUAUAAGUCAUAUCUCUUAGUGAUCAUACAGUGUAUGUAAUUUAUAAGCUCUAAGUAGUCAGCUUUAUCACAUUUGUGGGCAUUAAAAUCAAUUACUGCCUGAAACAUUGAAGAGAGGAAAAUUCAGGGACAAGUUGAAAAGCACUGGAACUAUUCAUGUCCGUACCAGAUUGGUAAAUUACAAAAUUUAGAAGCUAGUGUCUAGAUUUAUCUGUUUAGAAUUCAGAAGGAUAAGAGUGGCUCAGAAAGGGAUAUGUAUUUUAACUUCAUUGAUAUAUUAGCAAGAACUGGUCUUGUGAUGUUUGGGGAGAAGGGGGAGACAUUGUUCACUUACGCCCUUGUGUAUGAAGACAGUUUGUAUGACACAAUACAAAACUUAUAAACAACUUGUGGGCUUUUUCUUUACUUUCCUAUGUGUGGGGAGAAAUGUUUGGAGUCAUUGCAAAGGUCUUUUUAAGAAAAAAAUGUAAUGCCAUGUGAUUUUAUAUUGUGGAAAAGACUGAUUCAAAAAAACCUGUAAUGUUCACCAUGAACACAACAACUGUGACAAGUGCUAGGGAGCAUGCCGUGAAGUGCUCCCUCAUUCAGGUGACCUCUUGGGUGGGGAGAUGGGAAGAACACAGUGAAAAUGAUAGCAUCUUUGCCACCUGAUCAAGGGUUAAAUUUGUUUCAAGUGAGUAUACUAAAUGUGAGAGCACAGGAAUAAAUUUUUAUGUGAAGGUCA